ACAGGGAGCGUCGGAGGGAUGACGUUUACGGCUCCUUGGUACUUUACUAUCGCAUCAGUCGAUCUUGCGAUAUGAAAGGUGUGGAAUUGCUGUCUACGAGGAAACAGAAAGCGUACAUUUAAGGCAGAUCAUUUGGAGAAUAAUUUAAGUUUUUGUAAAGUAACAUUCCACGGAGGUCCACCAGUGUGUUCGUCUCUCCAGUAGUGAGGCAGUGGUGAGGUUCAGAGAGCCAGGAUGAGUGGUGCUGCUCUGGGCAUUGAGAUCGUGGUGGUCUUCUUCCUGGCCCUCUUCCUGCUGCACCGCUAUGGAGACUUCCGGAAGCAGCAGCGCAUGGUGCUGUUUGGCACCCUGCUGGCCUGGUACCUGUGCUUCCUCAUCGUCUUCAUCCUACCGCUGGAUGUCAGCACGACCAUCUACAAGCAGUGCAUCAUUGACCACGAGGAGCAUGCGGUGUCUCCAGCUACAGUGUUGUCCAACCAGACAUCAGGAAAUUCAACAGUCUUGCCAACAAAGAGCAUUCCAAAAGCAUGCCACAAGCCAUGGAGCUACAUUCCAAACGGGAUCAUGCCUGUGUUCUGGAGGGUGGUUUACUGGACCUCUCAGUGUCUCACCUGGCUGCUGUUGCCCUUCAUGCAGUCGUACGCUCGUUCAGGGGGCUUCUCAAUCACAAGCAAAAUCAAGACGGCGCUCAUCGAGAACGCCAUUUACUACGGCACCUACCUGCUCAUAUUCGGCUCCCUUCUCAUCUACGUGGCGGUCCACCCAGAGUGGCGUCUGAACUGGUACGAGCUGCAGACCAUUGGCAUCACUGCAGCCAACACCUGGGGUCUGUUCCUGCUGGUGCUGCUGCUGGGCUACGGCCUGGUAGAGAUCCCCCGCUCCUACUGGGACAACUCCCACCACGGACACCUCCUCAUCAAGACCUACUUCAAGCUGGCCAAGCUCAUGACCGAGAAGGCCGACUCCGAGGAGAACCUGGAGGACGUCAUGGAGGAGGUGAGAAAAGUCAGUGAGUCUAUCAAGUACAACCAUCCACUGAGGAAGUACAUUGACACCAUUCUGAGGAAGUGCCCUGUUGACUAUCAGGAGAAGAUGGGCAGGAAUAUGGAUGACUAUGAGGACUUUGAUGACAAGCGGAACACCUACCCCAGUGAGAAGAGUUUGGCCAAACUCCACAAACAGGUUAUUUAUGCAGUGCAGAGACACAACCGCACCCGUGUCCAAUGGCAGAUGCUGCUGGAGGAGGCCUUCCACCUAGAGGACGUGGCCAAGAAUGAGACCAGCUCAUCCCGCGAGUUUGUCCACAGCUUCGCCCCGUCCGAGCCACCGGGCUGGUUCAGCCGCCACAUCUACACACCCACCGUUGAGUGGUACUGGGAGUGCCUGCUGAAGCAGUGGUUCUACCGGGUGCUGGCCGUGGUGCUGUCCCUGUUCUCUGUGGCCGUGGUGUGGUCCGAGUGCACCUUCUUCAGCACCAAGCCCGUGCUCUCACUUUUCGCCGUCUUCAUUCAGCUGGCUGAGACGGACUACAACUACCUGUACAUCGAGAUGGCGUGCUUUAUCACAAUCUUCUUCCUGUGCACCUGCGUGUACUCCACCGUGUUCCGCAUUCGAGUGUUCAACUACUACUACCUGGCCCCACACCAUCAGACUGAUGCCUACAGCCUUCAGUUCAGCGGCAUGCUUUUCUGCCGUUUGACUCCUCCCCUGUGUCUGAACUUCCUGGGUCUGAUUCACAUGGACUCUGCAAUUUCCCAUCAGGCAAAGCAACAGACAGCCUACACCUCAAUCAUGGGGUCAAUGCGAGUCCUGUCUUUCAUCGCCGACGGCUUCUACAUCUACUACCCCAUGCUCAUUGUGCUGCUCUGCAUCGCCACCUACUUCAGCCUUGGAACACGCUGUCUGAACCUCCUGGGAUUCCAGCAGUUUAUGGGAGACAAUGAGUUGACCUCAGAUCUGAUUGACGAGGGCAAAGAGCUACUCAGACGAGAGAGAAGAAAGCGACAAAGACUAGAGGAUGGAGAAAACAGAAGAAGAGAGUGGAGGGAGCGCUAUGGCAACCGGGAUCAGAGUGGGGCAAGAAGUAUUCAGCAGUCUGAGAUGAAGGAGACCAACUACUCUGACACAGCCAACGCCAACACCAACACCAACACCAGCACAGGCCCCGGCAGACCAGCCAAGUACACUCGGACCAGCAGCCAGGCCGAGAGAGACUGCAUCGAGCUCCUGGAUGACGCAGAGCCUCUGGACUUCAACGCCGAUGUGCCCACUGAUGACCCACUGGGAGCAGAAGCCGGCAGUAGGCACACUGGUGGAAGGUACUUGUCCAUGUCGUCUUCACGGAGCCGAAUCUUCGAUGACGUCUGAGAUGAACAUUAGAACCUUAAAACAGAAGGAACAAAGGAUGAGAAAGAAAGAAAGAGAAACAGUCACAGAGCAGUGCAACCCUCCUCUCCCCCACCAGUCCGACACACAGAGAAGGAACCAGGGCAGUACUGUCUAUGUAUUUGUAUAUGCAUGUUGCUUCCUCAGCCUCUGGUGAAUGUAGAACACAAAUGAUUUCCCUCAAACACUUUACACAAAGUCACUGCUUGGAUAGUGUGUCUGUCUAACAAGUAGGUCGAUGUGUGUGGUGGCUGUCAAGCAGGUCUGAUGACUUUGUCGUCGAGGAACAAAAUACUCCUGAGCAGAGUCAGUAUUGUGGCCUGUUUUGAUCUAGAAGUGGAUCCCCAGCUGUAUUUGUUUGUUUGUUUUCAUUUUUGUCUGGAGAUAUAUAUUUACAUUUAAAUUACUGUAAGAUGAUUUAUAAGGCCAAAUGCUGGUUGAGUGCAACAAAAUGUUCAUUGUGUUUCCAAUUUGUAUGGAUGUGAUGUCACUGGAUAGCCAAGUCUCAUUACUGUUCUACACUCUAAUGGUUACUCCCCAUAAAUACUGAAGGAUGGUUGGAUACAAGCUACUAAAAGGAGGUAUUUAUUCUGUGUAUUGAAAGAAAAGUAAGAGUUAUAAAGCUACCCAUUCAUACCUGGCUUGCCAUGUUUGUAUGUCAAAUCUGAAGAAUUGAAGUACAUCUUUUUUUUGUUUUUGUAUUACAACUCGUCACAGCUGUUAAACUUUUCUAUGGCUACUGUGUUGGCCGACACCAUGGUCUGUCUAAUGCAGAAGUGUGUUUAGUCUGUCACUACCCUCCAUUUUGAAUUUGUGUUGUGAACCAAGGUAACCUGAAACAUUCCAUCCUAAGUUUUUGCUUAACCAUGCCUCAUGUGCUCCAUUAAGUUUGUCUUUCCAUAGAAGUCAUCCAAUUUAAAGGUAGUACAUGUUGUAUAUGGGAGAUAUGCUGAAUUCUAUUGUCAACCCAUCUGUCAUAUGAUUUGAAAGGUUUAUGUUGUUACAUGCUAGCUUUGUAUUUAUUUAUGGUUCAUUUGUUUGUUUGUUUGUUUGUUUGUUUGUUUUUGAAUUGGUUCAAACUGUGCCAAUUUGAUACUGUUAACUAAAUGUUCAUGCCAUUUUGAUUUUGUACAGUAUUUAUAACAGGGGUUUUAAUAAUCAUUUUGAAAGAUAUUGUAAUGAAGUGACCUUGUACAGUGUCCGAACCAGAUGUUUUUCCUAAUGUGCACCUUCACUUGUCAUUAUUAUGCAGUCAGCUCACUGCCUAAUCAACAUGGUGUAGUUGAGGAAACGUGAGAUUCUAUGGAAUUUUGCAAAUAACCCAUUUGAAAAUGUUUUAUUUUUAAGGGCUAUUGUAGAAAUGACGAGAGAUAUCAAAGUGUAAAUGUUACUGAAAUUGAACUGAUGGCAGUUUAUAUUAGUAUAAAUUACUAGAAGCAAGAAUAUUUUGUUUUGUUUUUUUUUUUUCCUGGAGAAUAAUUGUCAGACUUGUAGUAGUUGUACAUUAUUUACUUUGAUUUUAUUGUGUACUCGUAUACCCUUUUUGUAAGUGUGGCCUUUGUCAUGGUUACUGCAGGGUUUUUACUAAGUUUUGUUUUUGUUACGUUUAGUUUUUCAUGUCACUCAAAAUGUACGUCUUCAGCCAUUAUGAGCUUGUGUAUUUAGACUAAAUCAAGAUUAUAUUGGAUAAUCAUAGAUUAUUAUGGUUGGAAAUGGAACCCUAAAAUUCAUCUCUCCAUCUGAAUGAUCAAAGUGAUUGGCAUUUUCGCAAACUUUUUUUUGUUAGAAUGCUUACUUCAAACAUAUUGUCAAUGAUGAUGGCAGUAAUUUAGGAAAGUACAAUGUGAUACAUAGGCCAUCCAGACUGUGAAUACUCUGGUGAAUACUCUAGUCUGGUCAUGACCACACUAAGUAAUAGUGAGCAAACUCAAAAUGGCACUUGUUAUCUUAACAAUAAUUGGACCAUUUUGACAAAUCUGGUCCCCAACUGAUCCCUCUUGUAGGAGAGAGAUAUUUGGAUGUUACACAGCUGUGCAGCUUCACUGCUGUCGCCUGCUCUCCUGUGGAGACAGCUCUCUGUCUGAUUCUGGGUUUCUGCCAUGAGGUGUCUUAGGUGACACUGUGGUUGAUUAUUUCAGUUUGUAUACGCCAGUCUGGAGUUGAUCUUGUUCUCGUGCUCUUGUAAUGUACAGUCUAUGUUCACACCAAAUGCAAGUCAAAUGAUAAUUUGUAUCCCAUUUCACCUCCAGAAAUGGGUUUUGUAGUGUAUGAAUACUUGUCUACAAGAGUAAUGAUUUUGGAUGAUGGUAGUGAUUGAUUUCAUUUAUCCACAUGCAUGAGUGUCUGCCAAUGCUGUAGGCUCCAAUGUAAACAGAUGUAGGUCUAGAUCUCUCAUGUCUGUUACUAACAUUGUAUUUAUUAUUUUGAAUGAAUAGUGAAUCUGGAAAUCUACUGCAGAUGUAACUAUUAAUCGGUUCACAUGUAUGUUGAUGUCAGUUGCCCAUAUACACUGGAAAAAUGUAUGUAAAAACUGAAGUUGAUCCUCAGUGUUUUGUGCAUAUGUAUGCAAUCUAUAUCAUUUUUUUGAAAUGAUAAACAAAAUAAAAUAAAUAAAGUCAAAACAUUA